AUGGCGGUGCAACAUCUCAAGCUUCCCAUUAUUAUCUCACGCUUCGCCAGUAUUAGAUGGGUCAAACCAGAAAUACAAUGUAGUCCAUUUAGAAGCUUUGCUGCUGCUCCUGCUGCUAAGACAGGAAAGUUUCAACUACCUAAAAAAAAACGGAGGCUGGAUGAAAUAUGUCUUGAAAGGUUCCAGCAAUACAGCCGAACAUUUAUACAGUCAUGGAUUUUACAAGGUAAAGUAUUUGUGGAUGGAAAGGUGGUGAACAAAGCUGGCACACCUGUGUCUGAGAAAUCUGUUGUAGAGAUAAAUGCCGAAGUUCCAAAAUAUGUAUGUAGAGCAGGAUAUAAAUUAGAAGCUGCCAUUGAACAACUGGGUGUUGCUGUAGCUGGCAAAGUAGCUCUGGAUUCAGGAUUGUCUACUGGAGGAUUUACUGAUUGCUUGCUUCAGUAUGGUGCAUCAUUCGUUUAUGGAGUUGAUGUAGGUUAUGGACAGGUGGCUGACAAAGUUCGUCGAGAUGAACGUGUUUGUGUGAUAGAAAGAACAAACUUAAGAUACCUCUCUGAACUCCCCCAGAAAGUUGAUUUGGUGACUCUGGACCUCUCAUUCAUCUCUAUUAUCCUGGUUAUGCCUGCUAUAGUCAAUGUCAUGAAGGAAGAGGCAACAUUAGUGACCCUGGUUAAACCUCAGUUUGAAGCUCGCAGAUCUCAAGUUCUUGAGAAGAUAACAACAGGUGUGGAGAAUUUUGGAUUCCGCAGGAAUGGUUGGAUUGAGUCUCCUCUAAAGGGUGCUGAGGGUAACAUAGAAUUUCUUGUGCACUUCAAUCGAAUACCUGAAAAAAGUUUGCAGUUCUGCAAUCUUUCGAUCGUCUAUAAUAGUCAUCAGGAUGGACAAAGCAGUUGUGAAUUACUGAUUCAAAUUUUAUGGAAAUCAAGAGGUAUAAAACGCCUCUGCAUUAAGAAAAGAUUUCUAGGGUCCUUUGAUGAAGAAUUGAAACUAUGA